CAGUUUUGUAGCUGGAAACAUUUUCCCGGAAAAGAAACGAAAAAGAAUGCUAGAAAGCAAACACCCACUUUCGCCUUCACCAACCCCUACCUCCUUUUUCACUUCCCCCACCGCCAUGACUUGAUAGCGUUCUGUGCACAAGAAAGCGAUAAAGGAGGGUUCUUUAACGUUCACGGGGUGAAAUUGACACCAAGGAAGGAUGGGUUCGUCUCUAUCGAACCUGACGGAGGGGACGAAUGGCUUGGUGAUGCGACCGGGACUUGGGGACAUACCGGAGAGCUGCGUGGCGUGCGUGUUUAUGUACCUGACCCCGCCUGAGAUUUGCAACUUGGCGAGGUUGAAUCGGGCGUUUAGGGGUGCCGCGUCGUCGGACUUGGUGUGGGAGAAGAAGCUGCCGUCUAAUUACCAAGAUCUGCUCGAUUUGUUGCCGCCUGAAAGGUACCAGAACUUGUCCAAGAAGGAUAUCUUUGCGCUUCUUUCUCGACCGGUUCCUUUCGAGGAUGGCAAUAAGGUAGUAUGGCUGGAUACAGUGACAGGAAGGGUUUGCAUGGGUAUAUCUGCAAAGGGGAUGUUGAUAACAGGCAUUGAAGAUCGGAGAUAUUGGAGUUGGAUUCCGACAGAAGAAUCUAGAUUCAAUAAUGUGGCCUAUUUACAGCAAAUUUGGUGGUUUGAAGUAGAUGGAGUGGUGAAGUUCCCCUUCCCUCCUGGUGUCUACACUCUGUCAUUCAGGCUUCAUCUUGGAAGAUUUUCCAAGAGGUUGGGAAGGCGAGUGUGCAAUUUUGAGCAUACCCAUGGCUGGGACAUAAAGCCUGUACGAUUUGAGUUGACUACAGCUGAUUGUCAACAAGCAUCAUCUGAGUGUUGUUUGGAUGAUACUGAGCAAGAUGAUGUGAAUGGAAACCAUAAACGUGGAUGCUGGAUAGAGUAUAAAGUAGGUGAGUUUGUUGUUACUGACUCACAACCAGCAACCGAAGUCAGAUUUUCUAUGAAACAGAUAGAUUGCACGCAUUCAAAAGGUGGGCUUUGUGUGGAUUCUGUUUUCAUUAUCCCCAAUGAUAUAAAACAACGUAAAAGAAGAGGGUUUCUGAAGUAGCCCGUAACAUGUCAAUUGUUGUCCCUAUUGUGAAUCAUCCCGAAGAAUUCUGUAUGGGGUCCUCCUACAGCUUAUACUUCUGAAGGCAUUUGAUGUUAGAGAAUAUCAUCUUACUUGGUUUUUGGAGUAGGUAUGUGUCCUCUUUGAAUAUGUAAUUUUCAUUUCCACGCACUUGAUCCAGUUUUGUCUCUGCUGUUUAUACCUGUGCAGAUAGGAUUAGUUGAAUAUGCUUGGGUCUAUCACCUUGUUUUAGCCAGGCUCCUUCUGCUAAAAAUUUAAUAACUUAGUUGUGAUGCAAAGGAGGUACAAUUCUUUCUUCAAUCUACUGAUCGCAGUAUUAUUGAAUUUUGC